AUGGCUCCUGUUGGGUUUUGCGUUGCUGCUUUUGACUGACGUGAUAAGAAACUGGAGGCCUCACAACCUGCCGCCCGGACCCUGGGCCGUGCCGUUUCUAGGAAAUGUCUUCACUGGGGUUGACUUCAAAACUAUGGAGAAGGAUGCAGAGGGUAAACAAAAGAGUGCAGGACCUUGUGGGAGAUGACACAUAACAGUGGAGGUCCCAAAGAACACCACAAAGGUUCAGGCCUGUCACAAUCUCAUACGAAAGAAUAUCAGUCGCUGACAGAAGCAUUUUCCACUGGCUCAGGAGUACGGCCCCGUGUUCAGCCUGAGGAGAGGCAGUGAGCGGACGGUGUUUAUUUCAGGAUACAAGAUGGUCAAAGAGGCACUUGUCAACCAGCUGGACAGCUUCGUGGACCGACCCGUCGUUCCUCUCUUCCAUGUUGUCUUCAAGGGCCUUGGCAUAGCAUUGAGCAACGGUUACCUGUGGAAGAAACAGAGGAAGUUUGCCAACACUCACCUGCGUUACUUUGGAGAGGGCCAGAAGUCACUGGAAAAAUCCAUUGAGGUGGAAUGCACCUGUCUUUGUGAAGCGUUCAGAGAGGAACAAGGAAGACCCUUCAACCCCCACUACACCAUAACCAAUGCAGUGAGUAACAUCAUCUCCUCUUUGGUCUUCGGGCAUCGCUUUGAAUACAGCGAUGAAAGCUUCCGCAAGGUUCUGAAGUUGGACAACGAAGCCGUUCUGCUCAGCGGCUCUGCUCAGACUCAGCUGUACGAUGCCUUCCCUGGCCUGAUGAAGUACCUGCCGGGGCCCCACCAGAGCGUCCACGCCAACUACAAAGAGAUCACGACGUUCCUGCGGAAGGAAAUAGAGAAGCACCAGGAGGAGUGGAACGCUGACGACCCUCGAGACUAUAUUGACGUGUACCUGGCAGAGAUCGAGAAGAAAAAGGAGGAUCCUCAGGCUGGCUUCAACAUUGAAACCCUGCUGAUUUGCAUCCUGGACCUAAUCGAGGCCGGGACGGAAGCGGCUUCCACGACCUUGCGCUGGGCGCUCCUGUACAUGAUACGCUACCCAGAGAUACAGAAGAAAGUCCAGGAGGAGAUCGACAGAGUGGUUGGACAGUCUCGCCAGCCCUCCGUGGCCGACAGACCCAACCUGCCCUACACUGACGCCGUCAUCCACGAGACUCAGCGGAUGGGAAACAUUGUUCCAAUGGGAUUCCCCAAAAUGGCCAGUAAAGACACAUCACUGGGAGGAUACUUCAUACCCAAAGGCACAGGUAUAACUACAAUACUAGCAUCUGCGCUGUUUGAUAAGAACGAGUGGGAGACUCCAGACACCUUCAGUCCUGAGCAUUUCUUGAAUCCUGAGGGCCAGUUCCGCAGGAGAGACGCCUUCUUGCCAUUCUCAGCAGGUAAACGUGUGUGUUUAGGGGAGCACCUGGCCAGAAUGGAGCUGUUCCUUUUCUUUACAUCUCUCCUCCAGCGCUUCACCUUCUCUCCUGUCCCCGGACAAAUGCCCAGCUCCACGGGUGUGCUUGGCUUCACCAAUUCGCCGGAGGAGUUCAGGAUGCAAGCCACACCCCGUUGACGUUCUUCAUCUCUUCAGCGAACCUCAUCCCAAGCAAAACACACGCAUCAAUGAGUGGGCUCGCAUACUUUUUGAGAAAAAUGUAAAGAUCUUAGAAAUUGUAAAACAAUAACACAAGGAUUGUAUGUCCAACUUGCAACUGAAAAAUACUCGGCAUAAUACCGUACGACCAUUUUAGCUCCACGUGUGUCUGAAAAAUGAAAUGACCAUGACAAUGUCUGUCAAGAUUCCCUGUUCUCUAAGUUUUCUGUUUCAAGGCCAAAGCAGCAUGACCAAUUAAAGAAUCAAUUAUUAAAACCAGCAUUUGUGAAAAAGAUAAUAACAACAAAGAGCUAAGAAAGAUAUCCCACCUCCCCAUGAUGUAGGAGGAAUAUGGUGCAGUCCAAUUGGCAAAAAUCAGUAUUUAUGCAGGUCUGAAGCAGCUGGGACUCCCUAUGACGACCAGCCAGGCAACGACGGCCAAGAACUGGGUGCUCAAAAAAAACUGUAUAAACUAAAAUUGACAAAGACAGUUAACAAAAUGUGUGCACUCCAAAUUGAUAAUUGUAUUGUCAAAAAUUUGCGAGUGAGUAUAUUAGACAAAUAUCUGUAUGUAGAUAUUUGUGUUUGUGUUCCUUCUGUUGCACAAUAUUUCUCUAUUUUUAAUCCCACUGAGCAUAGACAUGAUAUAAAUAUACAUUUUCACGGACAACCAGACACCAUGUCAAACCAACCUCUCAUGUCACAGUGGUCAAAAACGCUCUGCCACUCUGGGGUCAAGCACCUGACCACAACACAGUGACACCCAGUGUGCGUAGAGGGAAUUUAAUUUUUUCAAUAACAUAUUUUGCUCCAACAAUAUCAAUAUCUGUUACAUCAGAAUAUGUUAAGCAUUAGGUCAAUGAUAGUAAAGCUUGAUUUCCAUUGACUAAAGGUUUUAAAUAUAUGUUGAUAAAACUCCACCCUUUUGCGUUGUAUGUGAACUUUACCCUUUUAAUCGCACCUAAUAAUAAAUUAGUAAUAAAAGCUUAAACUUUGA